UAAUAGGGAGGAAUUUGUCGAAAGCAGCAAGGAAAGUAAAUUUACUUCUUAUUACAAAACAGUGAACGACUUGUUUAAAUUGGCUUUAGGGUUUAGGUGAAUAUUUAGUUAUUUUGAAAAAUGCUACCUUUGCCAAGGUUGUCUAGAGCCCUUCGCGCAAACACAGAUUUAGAAAUCAGCCGGAGUUUAAAAUUAACUAGUGAAGAAAAAAUCAAUUUGAAACUCUGGAGAUCUCAAACAAAUAAAAAGUCAAUUUGCUGGAAAAGCCUUAAAGAUGCAAUUACUGAAAGCGUUUCUUCUGAGGAAGAUGUUAAAAAGUUAUUGGAAAAUUUGCAAAAGUUGUGGGUUAUGACACGUGAAAUGAUUGGGAAUGAUGAGAGUUCCGAAGUUAUAAACGAUGCUGCAGUUUUCAUUUUAACGUUGUUCCUAGAUGUAAAGAUUGUGAUGAAUAAACAUAUUAAUAUAUUGAAAAAUAUGUUUGGAACUAUAUUGCCACAAUUAGCUAAUAAAAUGUGUUCUGUUGUGCACGAAAUUAGUUGUAUGCUGAAUGAUGAAGCAAGGAGCUAUAUAGAAAGAAUUUCAAAUGAUGUGUGUGCUGAGUUGAACGGUUCUGAUUCCGAAGGUGCCUGCAGUAUAACUACAUGGGGUUCGCAAAUAACAGUAGAUCUUUCAAACAAUGAUAGAGAUGAUGUCCCGCUUGAACUUUUACAAAAUUUGUCACCAAAUUUGGCUGCGAACGCAAAGACUGCACUCACAUUUUCAAUGGAAUACAAUGCAAGAAUUAAAGAAAAUAGUAACGACAUUUCUGCAAAGUGUGGAAAAUACAGCAAGGCUUGGUUUUCAACGUACGUCGGUGAGGAGCUCAUAAACAGUUUAAUAGAAGUACUUAAAUCAACAAAAUCUAAUGACGAACUUCAAAAUGAUUUAUUUGAAUUUUUAGGCUUUGACAAAUUCGAAUUGAUUGAAGAUAUUUUGAACAAUAGAGCUGUUGUAAUUGACAAAUUUGAAAAUGACGAAAAAAAAAUGAAACUGAAAUCAAUGAUAAGAUCUAAAGAGCAAUUGAAAAAUAUUCAAAAAUCUUCUAAAGAGAGACCUCCUCCAGUGGCAACUGUAUUAGUUCAGUCAGAGCAAGAAAGGCAAUUAAAAAAGCAAGUUCGAAGGGAUGAAAAAAAACUUAAUAGACUAAUUAACAACGUUGCAAAAGAUUUGGAAGAUUUAGAAGACGAUGUAAUAAAUCCAGCAAAGUUAAGGUUGCAACAUCAGCAGAAUCUUUUAGCAACAGCAAGCCGUCAACCUAUCUUUAAAGAAAAUAUUGAAAUGUUAACUGCUGAAAGACUUGCCAAAAUUUCUCAGGUGUCCGAAAAAUAUCCAUUUGUAUUUGAUUCUCAAAUAGAAGCCAAAUUGCACGCAGGAUUUAUAGCUGGAAAUAAAUUAAUGUUGCCAGAAAAUGUUGAACGUAAGGAUGCAAAAACACACGAGGAAGUUAAAAUUCCAGCAACCGAGCCACCUCCUUUGAGUGUAGGAAACAAUCGAAUUCAGAUUUCCAAUUUAGAUGAAAUAGGUCAAACAUGCUUUCGAAAUACCAAGGAACUAAAUAGAAUCCAAUCUGUUGUAUAUCCAGUAGCGUAUCACAGCAAUGAAAAUAUGUUAGUGUGUGCUCCAACAGGGGCCGGUAAAACAAAUGUAGCAAUGUUAACCGUAGCUAAUACUAUAAGAUCGUUUACCGAUCAAGGUGUCAUACAUAGAGAUCAAUUUAAGAUCGUGUACGUUGCUCCAAUGAAAGCUUUAGCGGCAGAAAUGGUUGAAAAUUUUCAAAAGCGGUUGCAACCUUUGAAUAUUCUUGUUAGAGAACUAACAGGUGAUAUGCAACUCACAAAACUUGAAAUGCAGCAAACGCAAAUGUUAGUUACUACUCCCGAAAAGUGGGAUGUUGUUACAAGAAAAGGUGCUGGUGAUGUCGCAUUGAUUACGUUAGUAAAACUUUUAAUUAUUGAUGAAGUUCAUUUGUUACAUGGUGAAAGAGGUCCUGUUGUAGAGGCAUUAGUCGCUAGAACACUUCGUCUAGUGGAGUCUUCGCAAAGUAUGAUACGAAUAGUUGGCCUUUCAGCUACGUUGCCAAAUUAUAUCGAUGUCGCCCGGUUUUUAAGGGUGAAUCCAAUGAAAGGUUUAUUUUAUUUUGAUUCAAGAUUUCGACCUGUUCCUCUAAGUACUACAUUUAUUGGGGUGAAAUCUUUAAAACCUUUACAACAACUAGCUGAAAUGGAUCAAAUUUGUUAUGAUAAAUGCGUAGAUUUUUUGAGACAAAAACAUCAAGUAAUGGUUUUUGUUCACGCUAGAAACGCCACGACUAGAACUGCUACUGUAUUAAGAGAAUUGGCACAGCAAAAAGGUCAACUGAGUUUAUUUACUCCAGAAGAUAAUGCUCAACUAGGAAUUGCACAAAAAUCAAUUAGUAAAAGUCGGAAUAAGCAAUUGAUAGAUUUGUUUAAUAGUGGAAUUGCAAUGCAUCAUGCAGGAAUGCUCAGAUCAGAUCGCAACAUGGUGGAAAAAUAUUUUGCUGAAGGACAAAUCCGGGUUUUAGUAUGCACUGCAACAUUAGCUUGGGGUGUAAACCUGCCAGCUCACGCUGUUAUUAUUAAAGGAACCGAAAUUUAUGACUCAAAACAUGGCUCAUUUGUGGAUUUAGGUAUACUCGAUGUUUUGCAAAUUUUCGGACGCGCUGGUCGUCCACAGUUUGAUAAAAGUGGUUCUGGAACAAUAAUCACAACUCACGAUAAGUUAAACCAUUAUUUAUCAUUAUUAACAAAUCAAUUUCCUAUUGAGUCGAAUUUCAUUCAGUGUUUGGCCGAUAAUUUAAAUGCCGAAAUAACAUUGGGAACAAUUUCAAAUGUUGACGAAGCCAUAGAAUGGUUGAGCUAUACUUAUUUGUUUGUUCGUAUGAAAAUAAAUCCACAAGUAUAUGGUCUUAAUUAUAUUGACGUUCAAAGGGAUCCAAGUUUAGAAGUUAAAAGAAGAGAAUUAAUAAAAUCUGCCGCUAUGAGUUUGGAUAAGGCAAGAAUGAUUCGGUUUAAUGAAAGAACCGGAGACUUAAAUAUAACAGAUUUAGGACGUACAGCGUCUCAUUUUUAUAUUAAAUAUGAUACUGUAGAAAUAUUCAAUGAAUUAAUGAUUCCGUUUAUGAAUGAAGGUCAAAUUUUGGCUAUGAUGUCCCAGGCACAUGAGUUUCAACAGUUGAAAGUUCGCGACGAUGAACUUGAAGAAUUAGACGAACUAACGCGAGAAUAUUCUGAAGUACCGGUGCAAGGUGGUAGCGAAAACGUUCAUGGAAAAGUCAAUAUAUUGAUGCAAACUUACUUAUCGCGCGGCUUUUGUAAAUCAUUUUCGUUAGUGUCUGAUUUAUCGUAUAUUACUCAAAAUGCUGUUCGGAUAGCAAGAGCUUUGUUUACCAUCGUUUUAAGAAAUAAUGACGCUGUAUUAGCAGGAAGAAUUCUCGCUAUAAGCAAAAUGUUUGAAAAACAAAUGUGGGAGCACGAAACCCCGUUAAGGCAAUUUACAUGUUUAGGGCCUGAAAUUAUUGAAAAAAUUGAAAAUCGCGGUAUAAGUAUAUUAGCUUUACGUGAAAUGGAUUCUAAGGAAAUAGGGAUAUUUUUAAGGAAUCAAAGAUAUGGAUCAUUGGUAUCAAAAUGUGCUCAUGAAUUUCCAAUGGUUGAGAUUGAAGCAAAUUUGCAACCAAUCACAAGAACUGUGCUUAGAAUCAGAAUUUUUAUAACUGCAAAUUUUAAAUGGAAUGACCGUGUUCAUGGGAAGCACUCUUUACCGUUUUGGUUGUGGAUUGAAGAUACCGAAAGCAAUUUGAUAUACCACUCAGAAUAUUUUCAAUUAACAAAAAAAGCAGUAAUAUUAAAAGAUGCCCAAGAGUUGGUCAUGACAAUUCCAUUAAAAGAUCCCUUGCCGUCCCAAUACAUAAUACGUGUUACAAGUGAUACAUGGCUAGGAUCGUAUGAAUCUGCAGCAUUGAGUUUCCAACAUUUAAUACUUCCAGAAAUUCAUCCUCCUCACACCGAGUUAUUACCAUUGCAACCUCUUCCGGUCAGUGUUUUAAACAAUAAGGAGUAUGAGUCCCUGUAUCCAUUUACGCACUUUAAUCCAAUUCAAACGCAAAUCUUUCAUUGCUUAUACCACUCCGAUAAUAACGUUCUAUUAGGAGCACCAACAGGGUCAGGAAAAACAAUUGCUGCAGAAAUUGCAAUUUUUAGAGUUUUUGAAAAGUAUCCAAAAGGGAAAAUCGUUUACAUAGCUCCACUAAAAGCUUUGGUUCGGGAGCGUAUAGAUGAUUGGAAGAUUCGUUUAGAACAAAAAUUAGGAAAGAAAGUUGUGGAAUUAACGGGUGAUGUAACACCAGAUAUUAAAGCAAUAAGGGAAUCAACUGUUAUUGUAACUACACCUGAAAAAUGGGACGGAAUCAGUAGAUCUUGGCAAACGAGGGAUUAUGUUCGAGACGUAGCUUUGAUUGUGAUUGAUGAAAUACAUCUAUUGGGUGAAGAUCGAGGACCUGUAUUGGAAGUAAUAGUUUCUCGAACAAACUUUAUAGCGUCUCACACCACACGCACUUUAAGAAUAAUCGGAUUAUCAACCGCUUUGGCCAAUGCUAUUGAUUUAGCAAAUUGGCUGGGUAUUACGCAAAUGGGAUUGUAUAAUUUUAAACCAUCUGUAAGACCCGUUCCGUUGUCAGUUCAUAUAAGUGGAUUUCCUGGUAAACAUUAUUGUCCAAGAAUGGCUACCAUGAAUCGUCCAACUUUUCAAGCUAUUCGACAGUAUUCACCAUGCACUCCUGCUUUAAUAUUUGUAUCAUCACGUCGUCAAACACGAUUGACUGCUUUAGAUUUAAUAGCGUUUUUAGCAGGAGAGGACAAUCCAAAACAAUUUUUACACAUACCAGAAGAAGAAAUGGACCAAAUCCUAAUAAAUAUCAAAGAUGCCAACUUAAAACUAACUUUGGCUUUCGGUAUUGGCAUGCAUCAUGCCGGUUUAACUGAGAGAGAUAGAAAGACAUGUGAAGAAUUAUUUUUGCACAGAAAAAUUCAAAUUCUUGUAGCUACAGCUACAUUAGCGUGGGGAGUUAAUUUACCAGCGCAUUUAGUUGUAAUUAAAGGUACUGAAUAUUAUGACGGAAAACAAAAACGUUACGUUGAUAUGCCAAUUACUGAUGUUUUACAAAUGAUGGGCCGUGCUGGUCGCCCUCAAUUUGGGAAUGAAGGUGUUGCUGUUGUUUUAGUACAUGACGUUAAAAAAAAUUUCUAUAAGAAAUUUUUAUAUGAUCCAUUUCCCGUUGAAUCAAGUCUUUUAGAAGUGUUACCUGACCAUAUUAAUGCUGAAAUUGUUGCCGGAACUGUUCAAACUAAACAAGCGGUUUUAGACUACUUUACUUGGACUUAUUUCUUUAGGCGUUUAUUGAGAAAUCCAACGUAUUAUGGCUUAGAAAGUAUUGAACCAAAAGAAGUUAAUAGCUUUUUGUCAGGAUUAGUUGAACAAGUUUGUAAUGUACUGGAAAGUUCUGGAUGUUUGCAAAUUGAUGAAAGAUUUUUAUAUCCAACUCCAAUGGGCAGAAUAUCGUCAUAUUAUUAUAUCUCGCAUCAAACUAUGCGACAUUUUGCAGAUUCAUUAAGGUUUGAAAUGAAAAUGGAAGAAGUCUUACGUGUUAUGUGCGAUGCAUACGAAUUUAGUCAACAACCGGUUCGUCAUAAUGAAGACGUCUAUAAUGCAGAGUUAGCUAAACUGUGCAGAAUAAAAGUUGAUCCUUUGACUUACGAUUCUCCACAUACAAAGACAUUCCUACUGAUGCAAGCUCACUUCUCACAUUUACCACUGCCAAAUUCUGACUAUUUAACUGAUACUAAAUCAGUUCUGGAUCAAUCAAUAAGAGUGCUACAGGCAAUGAUUGAUGUUGUUGGCGAAAGGGGAUGGUUAGGUACAACAUUACAAAUACAAUUAAUUAUGCAAUCUGUAAUUCAAGCCCAUUGGUACGAUGAAAUAGAAAUUUUAACGUUACCACAUGUUGAUGAGUUUAACUGUGAUGUGUUCAAUAAAAUAAAGCAUAAUUACCCGGUAUUAACGCUUCCAGUAAUAAAAGAAAUAAGUGUAAAAAACUAUGAAAAAUUGGCAGGGCCAUUGAGGGAAAAGUUUUCUGAACCAGAAAUUGAACAGAUAUAUAAAGUUAUAUGUGAUAUGCCAACGUUAAAUGUAGAAAUUUCUAUAGCCGGUUCAUACAAAAAUCAUUUCGAUAUUACUCGUCCAAUAGAAUAUGUAGCUGAUGGAAAGAAAUCCAUGGAAACCUGGAUAGAAGUACAUGCAAUGCAAGAAUACACUGUCAAUGUUUAUUUACAUAGAUUAGGACCUGCACGUAAUGAUUCUAAAAUAUACAGUCCUAAAUUUCCAAAAGGCAAAGAUGAGGGAUGGUUCUUGACAUUAGGUUGUGUGGGAAAUGGUGAAAUGAUUGCUUUAAAACGUAUUGGUUAUCGUAGUAAUAAAAGUAGCCAUCAAAUAACUUUUGUAACUCCAUCUAAUAAAGGUCGUAUUAUUUAUACGCUUUACAUAAUUUCUGACGGAUAUAUUGGGUUUGAUCAACAAUACGAUUUACAAUUGAAUGUUAUAGAUCCUAGAAAAAGUUUGGAAACUGAUGAAAAUGUAAUAGAUUCAAACGUUUUUUUGAAUAAUAUAACUGAUAAAGAAAAAUAUUAAUAAAUGAAUUAUUUCAUUAUGCAUAAGGAAAAUAAUACUUAGUUAAAUAUUAAAAAAUGAAUUUAAAUUAAAUAUUUAUUUUAAAUACAUAAGUAUUUAAUUGUUAUAAUUUUUUUUUGUAUAAUAUUUUAAUAAAAAUAUUUGGA